CAGCAGUGCUCCUGACGUUUCACUCCUGCAGCUCAUCCCCCGUGUGUUGCGCUGGUAAUUGAACAAGUUGCACAGUUGCUGCUACGAGAUGACUCUCAUCACUUUAUCUUCAUGUAAAAAAAAAACCAAGUUCUCAAUUAUAGACUCAUUGAAAAGUUGAGCGUAGGUGUCGAGAUGGGUCUUCUCAAAUCAUUAUCAUACACGAUAUUUGCUGCCGCCAUCACCGGCGCACACAGCCAACCUGAUCAAAGUGCAUCAUGUCAACAUCCAGCAUACCACAACUACAUGGUAUCGACAUCACCGCUCGUAAUCUACCUCGAAAACUUCCUGACACCACAAGAGCAAAAGCAUCUACAAAUAAUCACAAAAGAUACAUUCUCACGCUCAGGCGUUUCUGACCAAGCUGGUGUCCAAGGACAGCGGGAAACACGGACUUCGCAGUCAACCAACGUCGAGCGCGACGACAUAGUCCGCUGCAUCGAGGAGCGCGCACUCUUGUUUCAGGGCUUCGACACGCCCCGAACACAUCUCGAGCCACUGCAGCUAGUGAAGUACGGCACAGGCGAGCGCUAUCAUUUCCACACGGACUGGUUCACGAACGCGGCGCAGGCGUCGUCUGCCGUAGGCGGCAACAGGCAAAGCUCAUUCUUCGCCUAUGUUUCCGCCGAGAACAUCACGGGUGGCGGGACAAACUUCCCAAUGGUGAAGGCGCCGCACCAUGCGAGGUGGUGUGAUUUCAUAGACUGCGACGAGCCGUGGGAAAACGGCGUCACGUUCCGCCCGAUAGUGGGAAAUGCCGUCUUCUGGUCGAACUUGCUCGACGAUGGCACCGGAGACCAGCGAACGCUACACGCUGGUCUCCCGGUGACGAGUGGCUCGAAGAUAGGGAUGAACAUUUGGACCCGACAGGGGGCAUUGAGUGAGGAUAUUCGGGGUAAAGACUGAGAUAUCUAGAAUGGUUUUAUGGCUUGAUACUGAGGCAGGCAAGAUAUAAUAAAGACAGGUGUCCCACGUCGGU